AUAACGUUUCAGUGUUAAAGGAAUUCCUGCAUAAAGCAAAGCUUUAUGAUAUGGUAUCUCGGGUCGACGAUUACGAGACAAAGAUAUCCAUACUCAUAUUCUUUAAACAGCAUUUGAUGAAGUUAGAGCAAAUGGAUAAACUAGAUGAAGAGUUGGAUAAAAAAUGGAGAAAAACCAUAAACCCACCUUUGGAUUUUGAACGAGGAAUUGCUAAUCUUCUUGGUGAAGUUAAGUCCUGUAAUGCGACACGAAAUAAAAUUAGAUGUUGCUUUUCCAAAGGAGUUGCUUUCUUAAAGAAGAGUUGCUUUGAAGAUGAUGUAACUUUAGCAUCAUUCAAGCUCCUUUUCUUGACUGAAGAAUAUUAUUCCAAAUUUAAAAAUCGUCUUAUUGACGAUGAACAAAUUUUGAAUAUAGAACCUUUGAGUUCUGGAAAAUUCCAAGCGCUUGAUCGUUCUCGUAGACGGUAAUGGAAAACUCUUGAAGACGAAGAGGCCCUGCCGUCGUUAUCAACGAUUAACACGUGGUUAAAGGAAAGUUGUUUACUUUUAUUUUAUGACUUGUUGAUCGAAGCUGAUGUGGUUUUUUUAUUUAUUUUAUGAGCUUGCUUAUGUUUAUAUAUAUUGCUCUGCUAAGCAUAUAGCUACAAUAUAUAUGAUACCAUAUGUGGGUUAUCACCAUGGUGCAAUGGUGAUCACUUCACAUGGUACACAGGAUGAAUGGUUGUACGAGCGUCUCACAGAGAAACUUCUUGCACAACUGUUUCGUCUACAUAUAAUGGUUACCUUGACAUUGGUUUUCAUGUCUCCAAUAUUAGGCUGAUCAUUACGUUUUAUAUGCUUGCUUUAAACGAGUAAAUAUUAUUCAUGUAUUAAAUUCUGCCCGAUUGAUUUUACUUUAUAAAUAUAAUAGCAUAGUAUUGAGUGCAAUUAGAAAAAAAAUGCAUGAGAGUUUUUUAAAGGCUAUCAAAACUGCACGAGUCCAAAGGACGAGUGCAAUUUGAAGUUUUUGAAAACUCACGCGUCCUAGUUUUCAAAAUUGCACGAGACUAUUCUCACUGGUAUUUCCAAUUUUUUCACUGGUCUUUACUAAAAAUUGUUCUGUUCUAAUCCAGUGAGAAUUGAGAUUUUUUUCAUGCAUAUUAUUACAAAAGAAAUCUGUCGGGCAGAAAUAAACAUAUGAAUAUUUACUCUUAUGUUUAUAAUGAUACCACAUGUGAGUUAUCACCAAAGUGCAAUGGUGAUCACUUCACAUGGUACACAGGAUGAAUGGUUGUACGAGCGUCUCACAGAGUAACUUCUCACACAACUGUUUCAUCUCCAUAUAAUGGUUACCUUGACAUUGGUCUCCAAUAUUAGGCUGAUCAUUAGCAGUUGGUUAGAAAGUCUUCUUCAACUUCCGAAUUUGGAAAGUCAUUUUAACCAUUACUUUGAAGUGUCGAAACUAUGCGGUGAAUAUGCGCAAUAAAGGUGCAACAAAAGAUGUAGACAAAUUUCAAAAGUACAAUAUGCAUUUUCCAAAAAUUCACAUUAAAAAAAAAGAGCUGACAAAGCUCACGAAGAAUCUCUCUCUAAAUUUCAUUCUGCUGAAGAGUGAAAACAAUUCUAGUCAUUCAAACUUUUGUAA